CACACACACACACACACACGUUUAUCAAGUCUUCCUGUUUUCGCGAGCGCACGAGCUUAAACACCCAGGCUAGUCUAGGUUUGUUAGCCUAAACUAGGAGCUAAAAUCAGUUUCUAAGGGAGAUAAAACCAAAAACUUACUUAAACUAGCAUCUAAUUUAAAACCUAAACGUGUGACCUAAAACUAGAAGCUAAAAACGGAGUAUUUUUUUUGUUUUAAAGAAGCUAAAACAGGCUGGGUUUACCUGACAAGAAAACAAAAAUCUAACCACAGGUCGAGGAGUUAGCUAACUAGCCAACUACCUUAGUUAAGGUAUGUUUGUUAGCUAAAAGUAGGAGCUAAAAACAAAAACGGACUAAAAGUAGUAUCUAAAUGAAAACCUGAAGCUGUGACUUAAAACUGGAAGCUAAAAUAUGGAGUAUUUUGUGUUUUAAAUAAGCUAAAACAGGCAGUGUUUACCUGACAAGAAAACAAAACUCAAACCACAGGUUAGCUAGUAGUUAGCCAAGUUAGCUAGUUAGUUAUUUAGCUAAGGCUAGGUUAGUUAGCUAAAAGUAGAAUUUAAAACUGUUUAAAAUAUAUACCUUAUAACUUAAAAUUAGAAGCUAUAAUUAUAGAGUAUUUUGUAUUUUAAAGAUGUUUAAACAGUGUUUACUUGACAAGAAAACAAAAGCUAAAUGUAAGUUGGAGUUAAAUCAGUUUUUAAAACUAGACUUAAACUAGAAACUAAAAUAUUGAAUAUUUUUAUGUUUUAAAAAGGCUAAAACAGGACAAACCAAUUGACAAGAAAACAAAACUAAAACCAGAUCAGGUCAGAGAGUUAACUUAUGCUAGUUACUAGUCAAGUUAGGUAAUUUUAAAUAUUUUUUUAGGGAGAUUAAAACAAAAACAUUCUAAAACUAGGAUCUGAAUUGAAACCUAAACCUGUGUUUUAAACUAGAAGGUAAACUAUUUUUUUUUUGUUUUAAAAAGGGUAAAACAGGCAGUGUUUAACUACCUACCUGAGAAAGAAAACAGAACUACUAAGUUACCAAAAACAUUUUUUAAGGGAGGUUAAAACUUAUUAAACACUUAUAUAAACUAGGAUCUGAAUUAAUAUCUAAACCUGUGACUUAAACUAUAAGGUAAAUUACAGUAAAUUACAGAGUAUUUUUAGUUUUAAAAAAGCUAAAACAGGCAAAUAAACUCAAGGUUUAAGAGAUUAGUUAAAGUUAGUUGGUAAGCAGGUUAGUUAGGUUAGUUCUCCUGGAUCUAGCUGGUGUUUAGGGGGGUUUGGAGGUGGUCAGGCCCCUGGAGGAGGAGCUCACAGGCCGGUUCUGGAGGGGUUCUGGAGGGCUGGAGGUUUGGGGGAGGUGAAGCAGCAGAAGGAAACCCCCACAGGCUGCUGCUGCCCCGCCGCAGUGUUUCCUCUGCUGUGCUGGAGCUGAAAUAACCAGGACUCUGAGACUCAUGGAUAAUCUGAUAUACAGAUACAUACAGAAAAAGAACUGAACUGUACUGGGCUCUAUUGGACUUUACAGGGUUGUAUUGUAUUGUACUGAACUGUACUGAGCUGUAUUGGACUUUACUGGGCUGUACUGGACUAAAAGCUUGCUGUUGGUAUGGAAGCUCUGAGGGAAUCUUUUCUCCAUUUAACCUUCCAGAUGUCCUCCUACAAGAGGGCCACCUUAGACGAGGAGGACCUGAUUGACACCACCUCAAACGGAGUGUACCACCCCUCCACAGUGCAGGUUUCGCUGCAUCGUGGUUCGGGUCCUCGGUGUUGGACCAGGCGUAGUGAUGCUGAGAGGAAGCUGGUGUUGGUGGUGUGCGCUCUCUCUCUGGCUUUAUUCAUCUGCAUCCUCACGCUGGGUCUGCAUUAUAAUGAGACCCAUCCAGGUGUGUGUCUGUCAGAGCCGUGUGUUAGCGUAGCGGCGGCGGUGAUGGGGGCUUUGGACCGCUCGGUGGACCCCUGUACAGACUUCUAUAACUUCGCCUGCGGCGGCUGGGUAAAGAAAAACCCACUGCCUGAGGGCAAAUCCCGCUGGGGUCCUUUCAGCAACCUGUGGGAGCAGAACAUGGCCAUCAUGAAGAGUUUACUGGAGAACACGAAUCAGCAGGGUCUGAGUAAAGCGGAGCUGAAAGCUCAGCGUUACUAUCAGGCCUGUAUGAGUGAAGCCAGAAUCGAGGAGCUGGGGUCUCAGCCUUUACAGGAGCUCAUCAACCAGACUGGUGGCUGGGCUCUGACCGGCCCCUGGGAUAAAGAAAAUUUCCAGGAGGUUCUGCGCAUCGUUUCUGCAAACUACCGAACUUCACCUUUCUUCACUGUGUUCGUCAGCACUGACUCCAAAAACUCCACCAGCAACAUCAUCCAGGUGGAUCAGUCUGGUCUGGGUUUACCCUCGCGUGAAUACUAUCUCAACAAGACCGCCAACGAGAAGUAUCUGAAAGCGUAUCUGGGCUUCCUGGUAGAGCUGGGAGUCCUGCUGGGCGGCUCGGAGGAAACUUCCCGCAGGAUGAUGCAGGAAAUUGUAGAUUUUGAGACGAGUCUGGCGAACAUCACAGUUCCCCAGGAGGAGCGGCGAGACGAGGAGCUGAUCUACCACAAGAUUCAGGCCAAAAACCUAUCAUCUCUGGCUCCUGCUGUGGAUUGGAUGCCGUUCCUCAGGGCUGUUUUUGCUCCAGUGUCUCUGAACGAUUCAGAGCCUGUGGUGGUCUACGCUACAGAAUACCUGCAGAAAGUCUCCCAGCUCAUAACCAACACCAACAAGAGCACCUUGAAUAACUACAUGAUGAUGAAGGUGGUGAGGAAGAUGGUGUCCAUCCUGGACCAGAGAUUCCAGGAUGCAGAGCAGCGUUUUCUGGAAGUCAUGUACGGCACCAAGAAGAGCUGCACCCCCCGCUGGAAGCUGUGUGUCAGUGAUACGGACAGCGCUCUGGGCUUCGCUCUCGGUGCUCUGUUUGUUAAAGCCACAUUUGCAGAGGACAGCAAAGCCUUCGCUGAAGAUAUGGUCUCUGAGAUUAAAUGGGCGUUUGAGGACAGUUUGAAGCAGGUGGGCUGGAUGGAUGGUGACACCAAGAAAGCUGCCAAAGAGAAGGCAGAUGCGAUAUACAAUAUGAUCGGCUACCCGAAGUUCAUCAUGGACCCCAAGGAGCUGGACAAAGUUUUCAAUGAUUUUGAGGUAGUUUCAGAUCUCUACUUCAAGAACGUCAUGCACUAUUACAACUUCUCCGGCCGAGUGACGGCAGAUCAGCUGAGGAAAGCUCCCAACCGAGACCAAUGGAGUAUGACGCCCCCUACAGUCAACGCCUAUUACAACCCCACCAAGAAUGAGAUGGUUCUACCUGCCGGCAUCCUGCAGGCUCCUUUCUACAGCCGCGCCUGGCCAAAAGCCCUGAAUUUUGGUGGUAUUGGUGUUGUUAUGGGGCAUGAACUGACGCAUGCAUUUGAUGACCAAGGGAGGGAGUAUGAUAAGGAUGGAAAUCUGCGCUCCUGGUGGAAGAACUCGUCAGUAGAAGCGUUUAAGCGUCAGACUCGCUGCAUGGUGGAGCAGUACAGCAACUACAGCGUCAACAACGAGCCCCUCAACGGCAAACAUACGCUGGGGGAAAACAUCGCCGACAACGGCGGCCUUAAAGCUGCGUAUAAGGCUUAUGUGAACUGGAUCCAGAAGAAUGGAGAAGAAGCCACAUUACCAGCUCUGGGCAUGACCAACCAUCAGCUGUUUUUUGUUGGAUUUGCUCAGGUGUGGUGUUCAGUCCGGACGCCCGAAAGCUCCCACGAGGGGGUAAUCACAGACCCCCACAGCCCCUCACGCUUCAGGGUGAUCGGCACCAUCUCCAACUCCCACGACUUCUCCAAACACUUCAACUGCAAGGCGGAUUCACCCAUGAACCCCAAGCGCAAGUGUGAACUGUGGUGACCCUGUUAACCCCCUUAUAACACCCUGUAAACCGGCCCUGCCUUCCUCAAUGCUCUUCUCUCAGGUCGUCUAACGUGGAGGACGGAAGCUGGAGAUUCGGGGAUUGUUAAUGUGCCUUUUGAUGUGUGAAUUUUGAGUUUAGAAGGAACUUAUGUGUAAACACUGGAAACGCCUGAUAAUUACGCAUUACAGGAGUUGGAGAAUGAAACUGAAACACCUGGUUUUAGAGCACAAUAAUUGAUUGUGGUGACGGACAGUUCUGGUGGAAACAGGAGAGUUGAGGUGCACAUUGAAUUCUGCGUGAUUUGAUCAGCCGUGGUUUUAUGUUUUUUGGAUACAAUCCGGGUUAGCACCCGAACAUCCCUUUCAGACAGCUUCCUCUUACAGCGUCCACAGUUAAUCCUGUUGGAUGUGGUUGGUCCUUCUUGGUGGUAUGCUGACAUUACCCUGGAUACCGUGGCUCUUGAUGCAUCACAAAGACUUGCUGUCUUGGUCACAGAUGCUCCAGCAAGACGUGCACCAACAAUUUGUCCUCUUUUGAACUCUGGUAUGUCUCCCAUAAUGUUGUGUGCAUUGUAAUAUUUAGAGCAGAACUGUGCUCUUAUCCUGCUAAUUAAACCUUCACACUCUGCUCUUACUGCUGCAAUAAUGUGCAAUUAAUGAAGAUUGAACACCAGGCUGCUCCAAUUUAGCCAUGAAACCUAAAAUCCCACACUAAAAUGAUGACAGGUGUUUCAGUUUCAUUGUCCAACCCCUGUAAAUAACGUGGGAGAAAUACUAGUGCAUGUUUGACACUCAGGUUUUUAUGUGUGUGUGUAUAUAUAUAUAGAUAUAAAUACAUAUGUCUUUAAUACGUGCCUUUCUUUUUAUAGGAGGGAAAUAAUAUUUAUUUUCUUCUGUGUGUUGAUUUUUUUUUUUACAUUUUUUAUAUUCGGACUAAUGAAAAAACAAUGUAAAUACAACUCUUUCUCCACCAUAUAGCAUAACAGUCUGUUAGAAAUUAGGAAAAUAAACUGUACUUACAGCCAUUUCUCCUUUUUUGUUUUUAUUUUAAUGCCUUUUAAGAAACCCUUUCAUGCGAAUUGAAUCUUUAUACUGUAAUAUUUUGUGAUAAAAUGUUAUGACGAUGUGACCAAUUAAAAUGGUCUAAAUGUAUCCUUAAUCCUAAUUGUGUAUAAUGAUUGAUUUGGUAUGAUUUUACAGUAUAUAUGUG